AGGUCUGUCUGACAACGUGCCUGAAUGGAAACGUCAGAUCGACGCAACUGUCCGAGAAGCAACGCUGUGCAUACUGUGUGUUGGACGUGAGAGAGAAGCAUGGACCCACAUAAGGUGUCGGAGUUGAAGGGUUUUGUACAAAUGUGCAAAUCCAAUCCAGCGAUUCUGCACCUUCCUGAGAUGGACUUUCUCCGGAACUGGCUGGAAAGCAUGGGUGCAAAACUUCCUCCCUCACCAACGAAAGGGGAUUCGUGCAAGGGAAGUUGUCCAUGUGGUCCGGCUCCUACAACUGCUCCACCACCUGAACCUGAGCCUCCUAUACCAUCUGAGAGUGAGGAGAGUGAAAUAGAAAUCGACAAAGAUGGAGUGAUCGAACCCGAUACAGAUGAGCCUCAGGAGAUGGGAGAGUUUGAAAAUGUUGAGGUCACAGAGGAGAUGAUGGACCAGGCCACUGAGAAGAAGAUGGAGGCCAUUAAUGCUCUAGGAGAGGGUGACCUCCAGAAAGCUCUAGAGCUCUUCACUGAGGCCAUCAAGCUGAACCCUUGCUUAGCCAUCCUGUAUGCCAAGAGGGCCAGUGUGUUUAUCCGGAUGCAGAAACCCAACGCAGCCAUAAGAGAUUGUGACAGAGCAAUCAAAAUCAACCCAGACUCUGCACAGCCUUACAAGUGGAGGGGUAAAGCUCAUAGGUUGCUGGGCCAUUGGGAGGAGGCAGCGAAAGAUCUGGCCACAGCAUGUAAACUGGAUUAUGACGAGGAUGCCAGUGCAAUGCUGAAGGAGGUCCAGCCAAAGGCUCAUAAAAUCUUUGAGCACAGACGUAAGUAUGAGCGUAAGAGGGAAGAGAAAGAGAUCAAGGAGAAACAAGACCGGAUAAAGAAAGCCAGAGAAGAGCACGAGCGUGCUCAGAGGGAGGAACAAGCCAGACAAUCUGGAGGUGGAUUCUUUCCAGGUUCUGCUGGAUUCCCAGGUGGAGCAGCUGGAGGAAUGGCGGGUUUUGGUGAAUUCCUAAAUGAUCCUGAGCUGCUCAGUGCAAUGAAGGAUCCUGAGGUGAUGGCCGCCUUCCAGGAUGUGGCGCAAAACCCAGCCAACAUUUCCAAGUACCAGAACAACCCUAAAAUAAUGACGCUGGUAACUAAACUGAGUGCCAAAUUUGGAACCCCACCUCAGCCAUAGGUGGAACAGGACCAAAGUAAAACAGGGAUGGGGAGAAUAUAUAGUGAGAAACUGGAGUCAUGAUGCUUUUUUUUUUUUUUUCCCAAUUAUUCCACUGUGUGCAGAUCUAACUGGUUAGAGAGUGACGAUCAUGUAAUCAGCCUGUUAGCAUUUAGUAAUGUCCUAAUGAAGUAACGUGAUGGUUUGGAGUGUCUGAUAUUUAGAUGCCCCUCUGAUUUUGUGUCACUCUGCCAGCUGGAGCUUUGCUAACUACAGGAUUGGAACCUGGAUCUGGGAAACUGUGGUCAUCUGUUUGAUCGGUAGCUCAAACAUUUUUACAGCUGUUUCUCUGAACAGAACUAGUCCCACAUACAGUUGUUUGCACUUCUAUUAUAACAAAUGCAAAAAGGUUGCUGUUGAAGUUUGAGAAACAGUGAUUCACAAUAAAA